CUAAACAAUAAGUAAAUAUAUUUGAAGGUGUUUGACUACAAGGCACAAAACACACCGGUAACCGGAAAGUGCUUGGCGGUGGAGGGUGGUGGACUGGUGGGGGAGAGAGUGGUGGUUCCUUUUGCAUGGUGGAUGAAGAAUGACUUCUUCGAGGAGCGAGUCGACGCUGCAACGCCUCUACGAUUUUGCGAAGAUGGCUCUUAUCAAGAUCUUCGCUCACCCCUACGCCACGGUCUGUGACUUGUACUGCGGCGGAGGCGGCGACUCUGAGAAAUGGAUGGAGGCACAAAUUGGCCACUACAUUGGAAUCGAUGCCUCUUCCUCUUCUCUCGACAAUUUGCGGGAAGCCUGGGACUCUCACCGCAAAUCCUUCACUGCCGAGUUCUUUGACCUUGACCCUUGCACAGAGAAUUUAGAAGUGCAUUUGGAGAAGACCAAUGUGGCUGAUUUUGUCUGCUGUUUGCAGCAUUUGCAGCUGUGUUUUGAAACUGAAGAGAAAGCACGGAGACUCCUGCAUAAUGUGUCAUCUCUACUGAAGCCAGGGGGUUAUUUUCUUGGUAUUACUCCUGACUCAUCUACCAUAUGGGCCAAGUAUCAGAAGAAUGUUGAAGCAUAUCACAACAAAGGCAGCAGCAUGAAGCCAAAUAUUGUUCCCAAUUGCAUUCGGACAGAGAAUUACAUGAUCACUUUUGAGGUUGAAGAAGAAAAGUUUCCCUUAUUUGGGAAGAAAUACCAGCUGAAAUUUGCCAGUGAUGCCUCUGCUGAAACCCAUUGCUUGGUUCAUUUUCCAAGCUUCAUCAGGUUGGCCAGAGAAGCUGGUCUUGAGUAUGUGGAGAUACAAAACCUAACCGAGUUUUAUGAUGACAACAGAGCACAAUUGGCAGGGUUGCUAAUGAACUAUGUUCCAAGCCUAUUGGAUCCUAGGGGAAGACUUCUUCCUCGAUCAUAUGAUGCUCUAGGUCUCUAUACAACAUUUAUAUUUCAAAAGCCUGAUCCAGAUAUUGCACCUCCAAUUGCCAGUCCAUUAAUCCAAGAACCAAUUUAUAAUCUUGAUGAGGGAACAAGUUGGAGAGAUGAUGAAAUAAAUGCACAGAUGGAGCCACCACCUCCACCACCACCACCACCACCUCCACCACCGCCUCCUCCUCCUACUCUUGGGCUGGGCAUGAUUAGCGAACAAAAAGGGAUAUUGGGCCCUGGCCCUCCUGAUUUACGUUUUCCAGAGGCACUUUGACUAAUCCUAUGGUCUGG